GAGCAAGUGAUGUUGUUGAUCAAACAAUUAUCAAGCGGGAUUAUCUGCCGAACGACGUUGGAGCAGAAGAUGAGGCCAAAGACAAACGGAUGAAAGGUUGUGCUGAAGAGGGAGAUUCAAAGAUCACAGAGCAAAACAACAACAACAACAAAAGUAACAGCAAUAACAACAGAGAAACAUCUGGUGAUACUUCUAAAGAGAAUUCAAAAGUUUCUGAGGUUCAAAAACCUGAUUACAUCCAUGUCCGAGCACGCCGCGGUCAAGCCACUGAUAGUCAUAGCUUAGCUGAAAGAGCUAGAAGGGAAAAAAUCAGCGAGAGAAUGAAGUAUUUGCAAGAUUUAGUACCGGGGUGCAACAAGAUCACUGGAAAAGCUUUAAUGCUUGACAAAAUCAUCAACUAUGUUCAAUCUCUUCAACGACAAGUAGAGUUCCUAUCAAUGAAACUAGCUGCUGUCAAUCCCAGGCUUGACUUCAACAUUGACAACUUCUUUGCCAAAGAGGUGUUUCCUGCUUGUCCACCCAAUUUUCCACCAAUUGGAAUGUCAUCAGAUAUGAAUAAUCCUGCUUAUCUUCAGUCUAAUCCUGUACAACAACAAGUAGUUUCAUGUUCUGGAUCGGAAAUGGGAAUCAAUCCUUCUGAUAUGGGGCUACGGAGAACCAUCAGUGCUUCCCCGGAAACAUUUCUUGAUUCAUCUUGCUUCACUCUACAGCCCUCUUCAAUAUGGGAUGCUGAUUUACAAAACUUUUACAAUUUGGCCUUUGAUCAAGGAAGAUCAACAACAACAUCAACACCCUUCCCAUCUCAAGCAUUUACAGGUGAUGUUGUUGAUCAAACAAUUAUCGAGCGGGAUUAUCUGCCGAAUGAUGUUGGAGCAGAAGAUGAGGCCAAAGACAAAAGGAUGAAAGGUUGUGCUGAAGAGGGAGAUUCAAAGAUCACAGAGCAAAACAACAACAACAACAAAAGUAACAGCAAUAACAACAGAGAAACAUCUGGUGAUACUUCUAAAGAGAAUUCAAAAGUUUCUGAGGUUCAAAAACCUGAUUACAUCCAUGUCCGAGCACGCCGCGGUCAAGCCACUGAUAGUCAUAGCUUAGCUGAAAGAGUUAGAAGGGAAAAAAUCAGUGAGAGAAUGAAGUAUUUGCAAGAUUUAGUACCGGGGUGUAACAAGAUCACUGGAAAAGCUGGAAUGCUUGACGAAAUCAUCAACUAUGUUCAAUCUCUUCAACGACAAGUAGAGUUCCUAUCAAUGAAACUAGCUGCUGUCAAUCCCAGGCUUGACUUCAACAUUGACAACUUCUUUGCCAAAGAGGUUCCAUUGAAGCUAGCAAUUUAA